AUGGAGGUACUGUCAGGGUUGGGACUGCUGGCUGUAGUGUGGGGGCUGUACACCGCCUGGACGCGGUGGAGACAGAAAGAAAUUCUGCCAAGGCUUGUAGAGAAGUCAGUGCUGAUCACGGGGUGUGACACCGGCUUCGGGAACCUCCUGGCCAGGCGGCUGGACCAGCUCGGCCUGCGGGUGUUCGCGGGCUGUCUGACCGAGGCCGGCGUGGCAGAGUUACGGCAGGCCUGCUCCGAACGGCUGCAGCCGAUCCAGAUGGACGUGAGCAGCUCAGACAGCGUGCAGCAGGCUUUCCUAGUGGUGAAGGAUAGCGUGGGGAGCAAAGGACUUUGUGGCUUGGUGAACAAUGCUGGGAUACUUGGGCCUUUAGGAAGCGUUGAAUGGCCUUCCAUAGCAGAUUACCAGGCUGUUUUGAAUGUCAAUCUACUGGGUCUGAUCGACGUCACCAAAACCUUCCUGCCUCUGUUGAAGAAGUCACGUGGUCGUGUCGUCAACGUCGCUAGUGCUGCCGGGAGGACUGCUGUCCCGUUUCAGGGUCCAUACACAGUGUCCAAAUAUGGUGUAGAAGGCUUUUCAGACAUCCUCAGACGGGGCAUGAGAUGCUUUGGGAUAACUGUACACGUCAUCGAACCCGGGAAGUUCAGCACAGGGAUAACUGUGAAGGAAACGAUCAGGAGGAGCAUAUACGGCUGUUUUGAGUCGCUGUCUCCAGAAACCAAGGAGGAAUACGGACUGGAGUACGUCGAAGAAAUACGUGAGGGAUUCAGCGAAGGAGGAGACGAUGACCCAAUCGCCGUUGUCAUGGCAAUGGAGCAUGCGCUGUGUGCUGCCCAUCCCAAGAGCCGUUACGUGGUUGGUCAGGGGACACGGUAUGCAUGGGUACCGAUCUCCUGGCUGCCCACUGAUCUGGGUGACUACUUCGCACGAGUGGUGGCACCAUGGAUGACCCCUGUCCCUGCCGCAUGCAAAGGGAGGAAAUAGAAGCAUCUGGGCCCAUCACCCUUCACUCAACCGCGACGGGGGCCGACAUUGUCUAUCAGAUACAUUUG